AUGGCGAUUGAGAAUCCCGAAGUCGACGAAAGAUGCACGGUGCUUCGGCAAGAGCUUAAAGUAUGGGAGAAGCAGUUCUCCGCCGCCAACAGCGGUCGCAAAGCCGGCCGCGAAGACAUCAAGGCCAAUGCCGCCACAGCAUCGAAAUACAAGGAAUACAACCGAUUACGCGACAUUCUCUCCGGCAAAAUCCCAGACGCCGAACCCUGGAGACCAGCCCGGAAACCAAAGCUCGUCGAAGAAGCUUCACAAACACCCUCCAAGCGCCGCAGUAUACCAGCCGCAACACCGAAGAAAAUAGGCAAUCCCACGGGCAACGCCACUCUAGCCGCGCCUUCCUCUGUCUCCAAACUCGACUUCACCCCCGUCGCCGUCCGCACAAUGAUCGGCCCCACGCCCCAGAAAGACGGCAUCGUAAUCGGGCUGUUCGACAUGCUGCCCUCCUCCGCCGAAACACCUAGCAAGGCCCAGCGGACAGUGCUGGGAGGCAUCGACGGGAACUUCCCCGCACAGACGCCUAGUAAAAAGCGCGCAGCACCGAGCGACGUGGACACGCCCUCGACUAAGCUGAGUCGCACGCCGCUGUCAGAAGGCAAGCGCUUCCUGCUCGACACCUUCGCGACGCCGACGAAGCGGAAACGUGGAGAUGAUGGGGUCGCCACGCCGAUGAGCGAGCGGUUGCUAGCCACGCCGCAUUUCCUGCGGCGAGAUUCACACGCGCUGCUGUCAGCAGUCAUUGAGGAGGACGGUGGACAAGAAGCGACGUUGAGCCCUCGGCGUCCAGCCUUCGCGCCCUGGAAGAAGCGGACAUUUGGGCGGAGCUUAAGCGGGAUGAUCAGGGAGAUGAAGCAGGCGCAGGAAGACGAGCUAGACAGGGAACUCGAGCUCAUGCGGGAGAUGGAAGAGGAGGAAGCAGCGGGCUCAAUGCCACCGCCGAAGAAGAGUAGGAACGCGGAGAUGCUGGUGCAGGAUAGCCAGGCUGUGGGGCUGGGUCCGGAUGGGUUUGUGGAAUCUGAUCAUGAGUUGGGCGAGGAGGAGGGAGGGGAUCUGGGAAGUUUGGAUCGCGAUGGGAACCCGAGGAAGGUGUGGAAGAAGAAGGGGCUGAAGAGGCAGACGAAGAGGGUUAUCAUGCGCCCUGUUCGCGUAAAACCGAAGGCGCCGCAGGGUGCGUCUGCCAACGACAGCGAGAGCGAGGCAGAGGAUGCGGUGCCAGGCACUCAAGCACCGCCUUCUCUGAAGCCUGCAACGAGCGACGAUCCGGCCGGAGAUUUCGACAAUGAGCAUUCAAAAAACGACGACGGAUCAGACUAUAGCACUAUCUCCCACGCUUCUAAAAGACGGAAAACACAAUCAAAGAAAGCGCCAGAACUGGCGUCAAAACCAGCGGUGCCGGACGCGGGAGCGAAGGAUGGUCUGCUGAAGAAGACAGCAAAGAAGAUAAGCGCGCAAGCGCAUGCUAACUUCCGGAAGCUGAAGAUCAAGAAUAAGAACUCGAAAGCAAAGGGGAGGUUUGGGCGUGGUAGACGACAAUGA